GCCCUGGCUGCAUCUCUCCCCAACUACGGUGGCAGUGUCCCCCGAUCCCGCUCCUCCACCCGCCCGCUCGGCGCCUAGGGCGCCCCUGGAGGCAUGGGGCUCAGGGGCCGCUCUCCCCUUCCCCCGCCCUGACGCGGUGUGGCCGCGCACAUGCCCAGAAGCGAGCGGCGGAGCGUCCGGGCCGUGCAGCCUGUGACAGCGGCGGCGCUUUCCCUUCCGCUGGGUGUGGGCUCUGCAGCAGCGCCGCGCCCGCCCAGCCCGGGAGCGGGGACACACACACACACAUACAGAGGCGCGCCGGGGCCCCGUCCCCGCUUCUCCCCGCGCCGAGGGGCGGGAGGCAGCCAUGUCGCUAUUGUCUCGGGCGCUGCCCGCGCUGCGGCUCUAUUGCAUCGGCCUCGCCGUCGCCCUGCACCAGCUGCUGCGCCGCCUCCGCCCCGGCGGGCCCCCCGCGCCAGGUACUCAUUAAUGAGUGAAGGAUCAAAAGGUGGGACGGUGGCCAAGAAGCAAUGGAGAAUAAAAGCUUAGAAGGCUCGCCAUCAGAUCUAAAGUUAGUGGCUCAUCCAAGAGCAAAGAGUAAAGUAUGGAAGUACUUUGGGUUUGAUACUAAUGCAGAAGGAUGCAUAUUACAGUGGAAGAAAAUCUAUUGCCGCAUCUGCAUGGCCCAAAUUGCCUAUUCAGGAAACACGUCCAACCUUUCAUACCACCUUGAGAAAAAUCAUCCUGAUGAGUUCUGCGAAUUUGUGAAAAGUAACACUGAGCAAAUGAGGGAAGCGUUUGCUACUGCAUUUUCAAAACUGAAGCCCGAAUCAUCACAGCAGGUUGUUCAAGACACUUUAAUUAUGAAGACCAGCCACAAUUAUGAAAACAAAAAGCAUCAAGAAUUGACUUCUGCUGUGAUUAGCCUAAUUUGUGAGGGCAUGUAUCCUUCCUCUAUUGUUGAUGAACCCACAUUCAAGGCACUUUUGAGAACAGCUGAUCCUAGAUAUGAACUUCCUAGCAGGAAAUAUUUCUGCACAAAAGCAAUUCCUGAAAAAUACAAUGCUAUUAGAGAAAUUGUUUUAAAAGAACUUACUGAAAUUCUAUGGUGUGGCAUAUCCACUGACAUGUGGAGAAGUGAAAACCAGAAUAGAUCGUAUGUAACACUUGCAGUUCAUUUUCUGAAUAGUAGCCCUUCUAACUGUUUGGCUGUUAACUCCCGGUGUUUAAAAACGUUUGAAGUGCCAGAGGAAAAUACUGCAGAAACUAUUACACGAGUCCUUUAUGAAAUCUUUAUUGAAUGGGGGAUCAAUACAAAAGUCUUUGGUGCUACAACAGAUUAUGGUAAAGACAUUGUGAAAGCUUGCUCUCUCCUAGAUAUUCCAGUACAAAUGCCUUGUUUGGGGCAGACUUUUAAUGCAGGAAUACAACAAGCUUUUCAGCUUCCAAAACUGUGCAGCCUUCUUGCCAGGUGCCGAAAACUGGUGGAAUAUUUUCAGCAGUCCACGGUCGCAAUGUACAUGUUAAGUGAGAAGCAGAAGCAACAAAAUAUUCUGCACUGUAUGCUUGUAAGUGAUCGUGUUUCCUGGUGGGGAAGCACACUUGCCAUGUUGCAACGCCUUAAAGAACAGCAGUUUGUAAUUGCAGCAGUUCUUGUGGAGGACAGCAAUAACCACCAUCUGAUGCUGGAAGCCAGCGAAUGGAAUACAAUUGAAGGCCUGGUGGACCUACUUCAGCCCUUUAAACAGGUUGCUGAGAUGAUGUCUGCUUCAAAAUAUCCAACAAUAAGUAUGGUGAAACCCCUCCUCCACAUGCUUCUAAAUACCACGUUGAACAUCAAAGAGAAUGAUUUGAAAGAAAUUAGCAUGGCCAAGGAAGUGAUAGCCAAAGAGUUGUCAACAACAUACCAGCAUACACCUGAGAUAGACAUGUUUCUCAAUGUUGCAACUUUUCUGGACCCUAGGUACAAAAAACUACCUUUCCUUUCAGCAUUUGAACGGCAACAGGUAGAAAACAGAGUGGUGGAGGAAGCAAAAAGCCUUUUGGAAAAAGUAAAAGAAAACACUUUCAGGCCUGAAGAAAAGUUCUUUACGGUGUCAGAAGAGCCACCUGUGAAAAAAAUAAUCAUCUCCUCUACCCCUCCCCCUACCAGCGCAAUCAAUAACAUGCUUGCGGAAAUCUUUUGCCAGACAGGAGGGGUGGAAGACCAAGAGGAAUGGCAUGCUCAGAUUGUUGAGGAAUUGAGCAACUUUAAGUCACAAAAGGUUCUUGGUCUAAAUGAAGACCCACUUAAGUGGUGGUCUGACAGACUAGCAUUAUUUCCUGUUUUACCAAAGGUACUUCAGAAAUAUUGGUGUAUUCUUGCCACAAGAGUCUUCCCUGAACGCCUUUUUGGUUCCUCUGCUAAUGUUGUAAGUGCUAAGAGAAACCGGUUAGCCCCAGCUCAUGUUGAUGAGCAGAUCUUUUUGUAUGAAAACACUCGCAAUGUGUCUGAAGCAGAACCUGAAGAUGAGGAUGAAGGCGAGUGGGGCUUGGAACAGGAACAGAUUUUUAAUUUAAAUGACACAGUAAAUGUAAACAGCAAUUUCUUUAAUAUCCGAGACAGUGGGUUCAUUUAACAGGAAUACUAUGGUACAUUAAAUAACAAAGAAAAGUUUUCCCUACACAAAAUGGAAAUGUUGCUAUAGUGACUGGAGGUGCUAAAGGAAUUGGUUAUCAUACUGUGAAGCAUUUGGCAAGACUUGGCAUGCACGUUAUAAUAGGACAUUUCAAUAAGGAUAUUUCAAAUGGUGCUUAAGAGUGUUAUGACCUUUCCUUUCUUUGAGUAUCAACAUUCCUGGUGACUUCAACACAGCUUUGAGAGUGUAACCUGUUUGAAGAGUCUGCAGUGAGAGGAUGCAACAUAUUUUGUAUUUUUGUCUAGGUCCUACAUAAAACAGAUGAUGGACUGUGUGUGUGAUUCUUAAAUAUUGAUUGGUGACUUUUAAAAAUAAAAUCAGAAUUUACUGCCACAUUAGAACAUUUUAAAUUUGUGCUCAGUAGUAGCUGUUCUCCUUUGUGUGCACUGCUCACUUUACUUGUGGGUUACAGAACUACUUGCUAGACAGCAGUACAAUACAAGGAACUGGGAUGUGUUCCUGGCUCUGGAUGGGAACUGUGGUCCAGUGUUUAAAGCAGGAGACUGAAAGUUAGGACUCUUAGCUACUAAUUAUUUGAUGAUGACGCUUUGCAUUUACAUAUAGGACUCAUUCAAUUGUGGAUUUUAACGAGCUUUCUAAAGGUGAGCAUGCAGGAGUAGAUCUGUUUUGCAAACACAAUAGCCAAGCACAUACAUUUGGCAUGUUCAUUCUAGGAGGCAGCAUGUUUAAGUAGAUGAGAUUCAGGUACACAUGAAGUCUACUCCCAGUUCUGCUCAAAGUGAUCAUGUGAAACCUUUCAAAAUCUAGUUAACAUUUUUUAAAUAAGGGAGCAUUUUAUCUACUUGUGUGUUAAGGUAGAAGUAUGAGGCCUGCCUCUAUAAUAAGGGUUAUAAGUGAGCAGAAUAUUGAAACUAGUCCAUGGAAAAAGUGAGACAAGAAUUCAUUGUCUGGUUCCCACCCCAAUGGAUCUUCCAAACAGUAUUUCAGUGGAGCUGCUGCUUACUGUCUUUAACCCUUUGUAGUUGUUUGGUGACAAUGAAGGAGUAUCACUGGCUAUUAGCCAGGAUGGGCAGGGAUGGUGACCCUAGCCUCUGUUUGCCAGAAGCUGGGAAUGGGCGACAGGGGAUGGAUCAUUUGAUGAUCCUAAGGCAGAGAUCAAGCAUGGAAAAUUUCAGAGCAAAUGGUUAGUUUGUCACAGUAAAAGCAACUGAAACAAGAGAUUAAAAUGGAAUGUGUUUAUCAACUUUGACUAUAAAUGCUCUAUUGCUUUGCCCCUAAUAAGUGAGGAAUCACUCAUCUCUUUAAAUAAAAUCAGAGGUGUAGAUUACUCUUAAAAUAUUAUUGUAUCUUUUUCUGAUACAUUACUUGGAACAUUUCAUAAGGAUUUUGUCACUUAUCCAGUGUCUUUAUUCACCCCUAAAGCAUUUGCUUUGCAAAAUUCAUUUCAAAAGCCUCCAGCACACAAACAGCUCUGGUCAAGGCAAUUUUUAAUUUUAUGAUGCUCCUAGCUCCUAGACUCAUGUUUUCAAACUCCCUCUUACGCUAAUAUGGAAACAGUUUUGAAGCAGCUAUUUAGUAAAAUGAUUCUUUUGUCCCAAUGGUCUUGAAUUAAAAUAUGCAAAUAAGAUAAACUGAGCUCGUUUGGAGGGUCCUGAGCUUUAAUGAGGAACCAUUAAUAUAACAGUGAAAAUAAUGUGAAUUACAAUUUGUUGUGCAACGCAAGUUCUUUGAAAAAUAAAUGAACAUACUGAGAGUUAAAUCAAGUCACUGGGGAGGUUUUAAUAUGCAUGUUCACUGGGUGAUAAAUGCUGAAUGAAAGGAGGAUCAGAUGGGACCCUCACAGGGCUUGCCACAGAAGUCAGUUUUUAACAUAACUGUAUCUAGCACUGUGACACAUUGAUUUUUGAAACCCCACUGUAGGAAAUCACUUAAGCUGAAAGAGUGAGGAAAGUUGAUUCCUUGCCCAUAGCGGCUUUGUGCAGAGUUCCACAGACAUGGCAGUUUCACUGUAGGCUUUGUUCUUUGACACUGCAUCUAUUUCCAGAAAUUAGGAUCAAGCUGAAUGUUUGUGUGUCAUAAAACCCCAGAUGGAUUUUGCAGAAAAACAAAUACUACAAAUGAGUGUUUCUUUGCUUUGUUUCCAAAUGGUUAGUAUGAGGAGGUCAAAAAGGAAUUGAAAAGCUGAUCUACUCUGUACAUACAUGUCUUCCCAUUAACCGUUUUAAAUGGCAAAAUUGCCUGUUUCAACUGCUUUCAUAUAAAUAGUGAGUCCUUCCAUUUCAUGAACCCAUCCAUUUGUCACCUCCAGACAGAAUAUUGUAACUCCCUGUACCUGGGGCUAAAUGCGGAAGCAACACAGAGGCUCCAGCUUCUGCAGAAUGCAUUAGCCUACCCCCUCAGUGGCCUGGGUGACUUCACCCCUGUGCUGGUCUGAUCCCUCCAAUCACUCUUGGACAAUGCCGUUUAUACAAUCCAGAAUGAAGUGUAAUGAGGUCCCAGAGAUAAAAUGUUCUCUCUCAAGGGCGUACAGGGAGUUCCCAGAUGAAAUCAGACUAAUCCAGAGUCUGAUUGAACUGUUCGGCAUGCCACAACAAACUCCUGUGUGAAAGAUCUCUCCCUUCAUAACCAGAAAGAGAAAGGAACAAAUGCAUGGAAGACAAAUAAGCAAAAUAAAUACAUAAAUAACCUAAUAAACAAUAACAAAUCAAAAAAGGGGGAAGAAAAAUAAAGCCUUCCUUAUCACCCAGGCUUAUAAAAACCCAGGCUGUCUUUCUAUAACUAGAGGCGGCAGAAUACUUUUUAUCGUUCAUUAGGGGGUUUACUAUGUGCAUCUAAUUUACCUAGGAAGGACUCAGAUGCUGUGAUGAAGGGUGCUAUAGAAAAUCUCUGUAUCUGUUGAUGGAUAGACAGAAUGGUAAAUUCGGCUUUCAAAAUUAAAACUGUUACCAAGCACAGUAUUUUCUGUUGUUGUUCCAAAGCCAGCAUUGUUACAAAGCAACUGCCAAACAAUGAAUACUAUCCAAUUGUUAACUAGAUUGUCUACUGUAGUUCAAUGACAUGAGGGCAGAGUCUCUUCUCUAUCUUUGAUGUCUACACUUAUUUUCUAUUAAUGCUAGUAAGAACUGUGCCUAUGCACUGAGUCAGAUGGACUGGACAUUUUAGUGAGUAUCCACCAAAAUACUCAAUGAAAUCCCAUCAGUUCUUUUUCAUUUUGGAAAAAGAAAUGCUAUGCAGUCCAAGCUUAUUGCUUUAUGAUUGUUUCAGACUCUGUUUCUGAAAUGUGCUUCACUUGAAUCACCAGAUUUGGUUUUAGCUGCAGCUGCUCAAGCAUGUGGCUGUCCAGCCUUCAUGCAAUAACUAGAAGAGACAAAACAGUCCAGUCAUGUGUGAAUAGCAAUGUGUUUGUAUGGUGCUUUUUGAAACCUCUGUUAGUGUGAUUGCAAUAAAUAAUUCUCUUUCACUUCAAGCUUGUUGUUUGCUUUCUGAUUGUGGCAUUUUACAUUGUGGUUAACCUAUACUUGUGGGAUGACUGGGUACUCAACAGUCUUUAAGAUGAUUGCAUUAUUAAUUCUGCAUUUUCUUGAUGAUGACAGCUGGAAACGAUGAACGUGAAGGCCAAGAAGCAGUGAGGAAAA